ACAGCUGUUCCCACUACAACCACAGCUGCUCCCACUACAACCACAGCUGCUCCCACCAUGACAGCAACUGCCCCAACCCCAACAACUGAAGAACCAAACACAAACACUGCUGCUCCCUCCACAACUACGUCUGCCCCAACCCCAGCCACAAUCACAGCUGCUACACCAACACCCACAGCUGAACAAACAAAUCCCCCCACUGAGGCAUCUACUGUACAAGCUACAACUGAAGCUCCUGGUCCAGUAUAUGCUGUUCAAACAACUAUUAUUCACGAGUUUGUUGAGCAGCUUAGAGAUAGAAACAGCAAAGAAUUUAAGGACCUUGAGAUAAGAGUCACAGAAACAUAUGACAUAAUCUACAGGAAAAGAUUCGGGCUCCUCUUCAUCCGUAGUUAUGUUAUUGAAUUCAGGGCUCCACUGACGCGCGCACAAAAUAAUAAUACUAUAGCAGAGGUGGGGUUGUUGUUCAAUAGAACCACACCAGUUGAAGAACUCCCAGAGAAUAAAGUUGUACAAGAAACCUUGAUCCAGGCUAUAAACAGCACUACCUUCAACGUCUCAUUUGUACCUGGCUCUGUCGAAAUAAUACGCACACCUUUGACUACCGCAGCACCCAUAACAAAUUCUACAGUGGCUAACAUCACUGCUGCUAUAACCAAUUCUUCAACAACUACUACAGCUAACCCACCCACUACCAACCCCACUUCCAAUUCUACGGUUACUGCCAUCACUGCAGCUACAAAUGCUACAACCAAUUCUUCAACGACUACUACAGCUAACCCACCCACUACCAACCCCACUUCCAAUUCUACGGUUACUGCCAUCACUGCAGCUACAAAUGCUACAACCAAUUCCUCAACAACUACUGCAGCUACACCAACAACCACUUCCACAACCAUCACCACCACAACUACAACAACACUAACAACCACUUCCACAACGACUACACCUACAACUAUGGAGUCAAGAGUAACAAGGACACUGACUUUUAGGUCUGCUGGAGAGACCUUCACAAUUGAUUUGCUCAACCCAUCAUCUGCAGCAUUUAGAAAUCGAGCAAGUCUUUUACAGUCCAAUCUUGAACCACGCUACAAGCAGGCGUUUCCCACAUUACGUGCUUUUAUGGUGACUUCAUUCAGCAACGGAUCAAUCAUCAACAACAUUAUCCUUCAAUUUCCAUCAGCAUCAGCUCCUAAUAGUACCCAAAUUGCAGAAGUUUUGAUCAACGCAGCUUCAAGCAUCACGGCUUUCAACAUUGACACGGGUUCUGUUUUUGUGGAUGGCGCAUCGAUGUCAAGUGGAGUAAGCCACAAGAUCAGCCUCAUCACUGCUUUCAGCAUGGUCCUGUUGUCAUGGCUUCUGUCAAGCCAGCAAUAACGUCUCUGCUGGUUUCCAGAGGAAAAUCUGCUGGAAAACGUCAACUAUUACUGGUAUAAACAAGGACGUUGUUCCAAUUGAAAAACCAGGAAUUACUCUUGCAUUUGAACUUUUAAACAAUUAUUUAAACUUGAUUGUGUAGAACAAAAGUUACUUCAAUGAAAAUGUCAGGCUAUUAAUUUUUUUUGUCAGUUUUGUCUUAUUUAUUGUUGCAAAGUAAAUUGAUAUGUAACAGUGAAAUAAUUUAUCAUCUUUAAAAGUAAAUAUGAAGGUAACCCUCUUAGACCCCAAUGCGUUCUCCUAGAUUUGUGCUCAAAUGGUGACUGUUCGUGCAAUUCUUAAGAAUUCUCUCAAUGACUAUUUUAAGGCAAACCAAACAUAAGCUGUCCUACGUGAUUGCCCAGUUUUCCUUUUUCUUUUCAAUGUAUUCCUAACAAAAAUACUCUGUAUUCAGUAUUCUGUAAAGCAUUGUCUUUUUUGCCUUUUUACCUAUCCAUGCAAUACAAAUAAAUGAAAAAACAUCUUAGAA